GUGUUUUUUUUUUAAGUAUACAAUUGUUUAUUUGAUUGUAAACAUUUCGCGUUGGUUAUCUUUUUUGAUUAACUGAAGGGGAUAUAAUUUCUCUGAAGCUAAGGAGAACAACAAACCGCCAAGAUGCCACGAAUUAUGAUUAAAGGAGGCGUUUGGCGCAACACCGAGGAUGAGAUCCUGAAAGCAGCGGUGAUGAAAUAUGGGAAAAACCAGUGGUCUCGUAUUGCCUCCUUGCUGCACCGCAAAUCUGCCAAACAGUGUAAAGCACGAUGGUACGAGUGGCUUGACCCCAGUAUUAAGAAAACAGAGUGGUCCAGAGAAGAGGAGGAGAAGCUGCUUCAUUUGGCCAAGCUAAUGCCAACACAAUGGAGAACCAUUGCUCCCAUCAUAGGACGCACUGCUGCACAGUGUUUGGAGCACUACGAAUUCCUGCUGGACAAGGCUGCUCAGAGAGACAAUGAGGAGGAACAGGGAGAUGACCCAAGGAAAUUAAAACCAGGAGAGAUUGACCCCAACCCUGAAACUAAACCUGCUAGGCCUGACCCUGUGGACAUGGACGAAGAUGAGUUGGAGAUGCUAUCAGAGGCCAGAGCUAGACUGGCCAACACCCAGGGCAAGAAGGCUAAAAGGAAGGCUAGAGAGAAGCAGCUGGAGGAGGCUAGGAGAUUGGCAGCUCUCCAAAAGCGCAGGGAGUUGAGGGCAGCAGGAAUAGAUGUGCAGAAGAAGAGAAAGAAAAAGCGAGGAGUGGACUACAAUGCUGAAAUCCCAUUUGAAAAGAAACCGGCUCAGGGUUUCUAUGAUACCAGUAUGGAGCAGUACAACCCACUGGACCCAAACUUCAAACGCCUCAGACAGCAGCACUUGGAUGGAGAACUACGCAAUGAACGUGAGGAGAGGGACAGGAAGAAAGACAAGCAGAAGAUAAAGAGGAAGAAAGAGAGUGACCUGCCCUCUGCCAUCCUCCAGACCAGUGGAGUUGCUGAGUUCACCAAGAAGCGCUCCAAAUUGGUUUUGCCUGCUCCACAGAUCAGUGAUGCUGAGCUAGAGGAAGUGGUAAAACUGGGUGUUGCCAGUGAGGUUGCCCGUCAGGCAGCUGAGGAGAGUGAGGGAACUAACUCUGCCUCCUCCACCCUCCUGUCCGAGUACAGCGUCACUAAUACCAUGGCUACGGGGCUCCGCACACCCCGCACUCCUGCUGCUCAAGAUAAGAUAAUGCAGGAAGCCCAGAACCUGAUGGCUCUGACCAACAUCGAUACCCCCCUAAAGGGGGGCCUCAAUACUCCACUGCACCAAAGUGACUUUAGUGGAGUCACACCUCAGCGCCAACAGAUUCAGACACCUAACACUGUACUCCGUACGCCCUCCAGAACCCCAGUGCUAGGUCAGGGUUCAGAGGGCUUGACCCCUCAAGCUGGAGGAGGUGGAAUGACCCCACGGGGGUCUCUGACGCCAGGGUCGACCCCUGCCCGCACACCACUGAGAGACAAACUGAAUAUUAACAGUGAGGAGCAACUGGCUGACCCUGCAUAUGCCAAACACUUGCAGAGGGAAAGCUUGCAGCAGCUGAAGCAGGGUCUGAUGUCACUGCCUGUUCCCAAGAAUGACUUCGAGAUCGUCCUGCCUGAAAAUGCAGAGAGAGAGUUGGAGGAGACAGACACAGAGACGGGGUUUGUAGAGGACGCUGCUGAUAUCCACGCGCGCAAGCAGGCUUUGCGGGAGGCUGAAAGAGAGAAGGAGCUGAAGCUUAGGCACACCCCUGUUCAGAGAGCUCUGCCAAGGCCAACUGAGGUAAACGAAUCUGUUCUUCGCCCUGCCUCCAUGGAGCCUCUUUCUGAUCUCCAAAUGGCUGAAGAACUGAUCAAACAGGAGAUGAUCACUAUGUUGCACUAUGAUUGUCUGCACCAUCCGUCCCUCAACCCAACCAGCCAGUCACAGCGCAGCAAGGCCAGAGGGCCUGCCUCUACGUCUAAUAACGCUUUGCAUAUAGCCUACCUGGAGACACACCCCUACCAGCAAAUCAGCACGGAGGAGAUGGAAAAGGCUUCAUCACUGCUAUCAACAGAGAUGGAUGUGGUAAAGUCAGGAAUGGGGCAUGGAGAGCUCAGCAUGGAAGCCUACACUCAGGUGUGGGAGGAAUGCUAUGGACAGGUGUUGUAUCUAGCAGGUCAGAGUAGAUAUACCAGAGCCAACCUCGCAUCCAAGAAAGACCGAAUUGAGAGUUUUGAGAAAAAAUUAGAGGUGAACCGUAAUCAUAUGACAGCGGAGGCUCGCAGAGCAGCUAAACUGGAGAAGAAACUCAAAGUCCUGCUGGGUGGCUUUCAGUCCAGAGCACUGGGGCUGCUGAAACAGCACAGUGAACUGUGGGAACAGGUGGAGCAGGCAGCUACUGAGCUCCAGACGUUCAAUCAACUGAAAAAACAGGAAGACACAGCUAUUCCAAGGAGACUUGAGGGUCUGCGGGAGGAUGUGGAGAGACAAAUGGAGAGAGAGCGAGAACUACAACAGAGAUUUGGAGAGUUACUUGUAGACAGGGAGACAUUACUCAAUAGUGUCCGGAAACACUGAUGUACAAACACGCACACAUACUGUAAAUCAUGUUUGCUAGAUGCAUCGACACAUACACUGAUUGUGGAGAGCUCCAGCUGGAGAGACUGCAAAAUAACCCAGAUGACAAAUUUCAUAUACACAUGCUAAUCUUAUAGACACCUACAGACCUUUUUUUUUUUUAAAUUAAUGUUAUCAACACACAAGGGAGCCAUGGAUAGAAUCUGUAUUCACUGGCAACCACAUUUGCACAACAAAACGGCUGCAUGGCCAUUGCAAUGUAAGUGCUGAUUCCAUCUAGUAUUCAUUGAAGUUGGGUAUAGUGCCAGUGUUGUGGUACCAUAGUGCAAUUCGGACAGUGUUUGGAAAUGCUGACACACACAAUUUCAUGCUCUUUUACCCUCUUGAGUAUUUGCUACCCUUUGAGCCUCUUUGAAGGGAGAGUCACCAUUUUCAACAUCAUCUCUACAUAGUAUAUUGUAGCGAAUUCAGGGGGCAGCCCGGGAACCGCCGCAUCCGGGACGCGAACCCGGAUCUCCCACACCACGGGCAACAAUGUUAACCAGUCGACUUAAGGGUCCGACCCGUUAGCCAAGGGCUAGCGUGUCGAUUCGUCUGAGGUCGUUAACACUACCCCCCUCCUUCGGGAAGCGCGUCCCCGCGCUUCAGCAUACCAGCUCCCUCACGCCUCUGGGUGCAUGUGCUUCCAUUGGCCUCACGGUCUCACCAUCCCACUUCUGACACCAAUGUAGCAAAUUUGGGGGCCGCUGGGAACUGCCACACCCGGAUCUCCCACACCACGGGCAACAACGUUAACCAGUCAACUAAAGGGUUUGACCCGUUAACAGGUCGGACCCUUUACCCGUUACCCAUUAAUGGAUUGGACCCUUUAGUCAACUGGUUAACGUUGUCGCCCAUGGUGCAGGAGAUCUGGGUUCGUGUCCUGGCUGCGGCGGUUCCCGGGCUGCCCCCCCCCCCAAUUCGCUACAUUGGUGUCAGAAGUGGGAUGGUGAGACCGCGAGGCCAUCGGAAGCGCAUGCGCCCAGAGGCAUGAGGGAGCUGACACGCUUCCCGAAGGAGUGGGGUAGUGGAAUGUGCACGGAUAAAUAGACUCGCUAGCCCUUGGCUAACUGGUCGGACCCUUUAGUCAACUGGUUAACAUUGUCGCCCAUGGUGCGGGAGACCCGGGUUCGCAUCCCGGCUGUGGCGGUUCCCGGCUGCCCCCCGAAUUCACUACAAUAUGUUGUAGGGAUAACAUUCCAUCAACAGCCAUAAUCCUGAGCAAUUUUCUGUGUAUCUCUGAAAUGCCACUGUAAAAUUUGCUUAAGGGUCUAUCUGCCAGUGAGGUGACUGGCGGACAGUCGACGAUUCGCUGUCUUUAAAUUUCAUUGGGUAGCAUUUCCUAAAACAUAUCCUCAACUGCAUUUACACAAUAUGUAGCAUUAUUAUUUUCUUAAACACUGUAGCCUAUUUAGAUGUACCCCACUGAAGGCUGCAACAAACUAGUAAGUGAUGAUUGUAGUUUUCACUUUCACAGGUUGUUUACCAGUGACGUCACUGACAGGCACUUUUUUGCACAGCUUUUUGGCAUUUCAGAGAUGCACCUAAGACCUGCUCAGUAUUAUGGGCACUAAUGGAGUGUUAUCCUUACUAUAUAUUGAAAAUUGUGAUCGUUUCCCUUUCAUAACCAUUAGCCAAUGCCAUUGCAGCCUCAGUGAUAAGCCCCACCUCUGUGCUCUGAUGUUCAGUGAAGUCACAAGUUGAGUUGUGAGCAUGUUGCGUAGUCUCAUGAUGUCUUUCAAUAUUUGUGACCAAUAAAGCUUGUUUUGAACUGACAA